AUGAUACAGCCGCUGGUCAAAGCCAGCAGGCCCCGUCUCUGGGUCUGCUCCAACUGCCUUCUACGACGUACCACUCCCUCUCCUCUGCCAAGACAGCCACGACGACGAUUCACGGGCUUUACUGCGCAAGCUCCCAAGAUCUUGACAGGCACCACCCCCGUCACUCACGAGAACGGCGGCGCAAAGCACGACGACUCCCUUCUACGAUCCAUAUUCGAUUCGCCCGAAACAUGGAAGCAGUUCUCCGGUGACAAAUACGGUCGCAAUGUCGGCCUCUUCCGCAACGCAUACCUCACCAGCCCCCAUGGCUUCCUCGACUUUGCCCAAGUGAGCUUGGGAAAGGCUCGCGCCCUGGUUGACAAGGUCAUCAACGCCCAAUCCCUCGACGAAUACCGCGCCGUUGUCCGCCAUCUCGAUCGCCUAAGUGAUAUACUAUGUCGCGUCUUGGACAUGGCCGACUUUGUGCGCGUCACCCACCCUGACCAGGCCAUCCAGAGUACCGCCUCGGUAGCCUGGGAUAUGAUGUACGAGUAUAUGAACCAGCUCAACACCAUGACGGGGUUGUACGACCAAUUGGUCAAGGCAAUGGACAACCCUGAUGUUAGCUCCACCUGGUCUGAGGAGGAAAGGAUGGUGGCCGAAGUCCUCAAGCUCGACUUUGCCAAAUCCGCCGUUCACUUGCCCAAGGACGCCCGGGACAAGUUCGUCCAGCUAUCGUCGGCAAUCAGCCAGACUGGAACCAACUUUAUCCAGCACAUGGAGCCUAAGCUUCCAUACACUACCAUUGAAAAGUCCAGGAUGAUGGGCAUGGAUCCCGUGGAGGUCAAGAGGAUGAGUUCUAUGGGCAGAGUGUACGUCCAAACUCUGAGCCCCCAGGCCUCAAUAGCACUCCGUGCCGUUCGCGAUGAGCAAGCCCGACAGCAACUAUUCAUGGCUUCUCGCACCGCUUCCCGCAGGACUGUCGGUUUGCUGGAGGAGCUCAUGUUGUUGCGUGGUGAGUCGGCGAAGCUUUCAGGUUUCGAGAGUUAUGGUCACCUCGUCCUCCAUGACCGUAUGAUGGCCAGUACCCCUGAAUCUGUGAGACAGUUCCUUCAGGCUCUGUCCGAAAACACCAGACCUCAAGCGCAACAGGAGGUGGCCGAUCUCACGGCAGCCAAGCGGGCCCAUCAGGGUGAGGACGCAACACUUGAACCAUGGGACAAGGAUUUCUACGCCGAGUCCAUCCGUCAGGCUAUCAAGUCCCGGCAGAAGCGUGAAGACUUGUCCUCAUACUUCUCCCUCGGCACCGUCAUGCAAGGUCUCUCCAGGAUAUUCACUCGUCUCUACGGUAUUCGCUUCGUUCCCCGCGAACCCAUGCCUGGUGAGACCUGGCACCCCGAUGUGCGCCGGUUGGAUGUUGUCUCGGACGUUGAAGGCCAUGUCGCCGUUCUAUACUGCGACCUCUUCUACCGCCCUCUCAAGUCACCCAACCCAGCUCACUUCACUCUUCGCUGCUCGCGUGAGCUGUCGCCUUCCGAGAUUGCUGAGACUACCCAUACCCAAGCUGAAAACCCUGGUGUUAUGAUUCCCUCCUUCGAAUCUGCCGAGUUUGCUGCCAAUGAUGGCAUGGCCUACUCUCGCUCGCAGGACGGUACGAUCAAACAGCUUCCCACUAUCGCUCUUGUCUGUGACUUCCCCCAGCAAGCCCACAACCGGCCCGCCCUCUUGUCCUUUUUCCAGCUCGAGACUCUCUUCCAUGAGAUGGGUCACGCUAUCCACUCCAUCCUCGCCCGCACCUCCUUCCAGAACGUCAGCGGUACCCGAUGCGCCACUGAUCUUGCCGAGCUUCCUUCUACAUUGAUGGAGUACUUUGCCGCUGACCCGUCUGUUCUUGCCUUGUUCGCACGCCACUACGAGACCGACACCCCCCUGCCGUACGAAUGGGUGGACAACAAGAUCCGCGAGGCCCGUCGCUUCGAGGCGCUGGACACCGAAAACCAAAUCAUUCUUGCCAUGCUUGAUCAGGAGUUGCACUCGUCCAAGGCAUUGCAAGGCCACAUCGACUCCACCGAAGUCUUCCACAGCCUGCAGAGACAGUACAGCACCGCGCCACCUGACCCUGAGGGAACGGCAUGGCAGGGUUUCUUUGGUCACCUGGUCGGAUAUGGCAGCACAUAUUACAGCUACCUCUUCGACCGAGUCUUGGCUCAGAGGGUGUGGAAUGUUGUCUUCAAUGGUGGACAAGGCGGCGCUGCGCUGCAAAGAGAGAAUGGAGAGAGGUUGAAGGAGAACCUGCUCAAGUGGGGUGGUAGCAGAGACCCUUGGCAUUGUCUGGCGGGCGCGUUGAAGGAUGAGAGGUUAGAGGGAGGCGGAGAGAAGGCGAUGAAGUUGGUGGGAAGCUGGGGAGGCCAGCGCGGAGCGAAGAGCGAUCGAUGA